AUGGUGAAGUUGUCGCUCGUUAUCAUUGCGGCCCUCACCACGACUGCACUAGCAGUACCUACUCCUCAAAUCACUACAGAGAGAAAUUGCAAAGGCGAGAAAUGUGCUGAAAUCUCAGCUUGGACAGAAUCACUCACCAAGGUCAUCCGAGUUGAUCCAAGAGCACCCGCGCCACAUGACGGACCACAUCCUGAUAGUGACGGCGAGGCGAUCCCUCGAAACACUACAUCAGUUCCUAAAAAAGAAGAUGCGAAAGCACCGGGGAACCCACCAAACGCUGGCAAAGAUGCCGCAAAAGCAACGGUAACGCCACCAAGCGCUGGAAAGGACGCCGCGAAAGCAACGGUGACCCCGCCAAGCGCUGGAAAGGACGCUGCAAAAGCGACAGUGACCCCGCCGAACGCUGGCAAAGACGCCGCGAAAGCAACCGGUAAAGACGCCGCAAAAGCUGCUGGUAAAGACGCCGCAAAGGCAACGGUGACCCCGCCAAACGCUGGUAAAGAUGCCGCAAAGGCCACUGGUAAAGACGCGAAAGCAGCUGGUAAAGAUGCCGCAAAAGCAACGGUGACCCCGCCGAACGAUGGAAAGGACGCCGCGAAAGCAACGGUGACCCCGCCAAGCGCUGGAAAGGACGCCGCGAAAGCAACGGUGACCCCGCCAAACGCUGGUAAAGACGCCGCAAAAGCAACUGGUAAAGACGCGAAAGCAGCUGAUAAAGAUGCUGCAAAAGCGACAGUGACCCCGCCGAACGCUGGCAAAGACGCCGCGAAAGCAACCGGUAAAGACGCCGCAAAAGCUGCUGGUAAAGACGCCGCAAAGGCAACGGUGACCCCGCCAAACGCUGGUAAAGAUGCCGCAAAGGCCACUGGUAAAGACGCGAAAGCAGCUGGUAAAGAUGCCGCGAAAGCAACGGUGACCCCGCCAAGCGCUGGAAAGGACGCCGCGAAAGCAACGGUGACCCCGCCAAACGCUGGUAAAGACGCCGCAAAAGCAACUGGUAAAGAUGCUGCAAAAGCGACGGUAACCCCGCCAAACGCUGGUAAAGAUGCUGCAAAAGCGACAGUGACCCCGCCAAACGCUGGCAAAGACGCCGCAAAAGCAACUGGUAAAGAUGCUGCAAAAGCGACGGUAACCCCGCCAAACGCUGGUAAAGCUGCAAAAGCGACGGUGACCCCGCCGAACGCUGGAAAGGACGCCGCGGACGCCGCUAAAGCAGCUGGUAAAGAUGCCGCAAAAGCAACGGUGACCCCGCCGAACGCUGGAAAGGACGCCACGAAAGCAACUGGUAAAGAUGCUGCAAAAGCAACUGGUAAAGAUGCUGCAAAAGCGACGGUAACCCCGCCAAACGCUGGUAAAGAUGCUGCAAAAGCGACAGUGACCCCGCCAAACGCUGGUAAAGACGCCGCAAAAGCAACUGGUAAAGACGCGAAAGCAGCUGGUAAAGAUGCUGCAAAAGCUGACGGUAACCCCGCAAACGCUGGUAAAGAUGCAAAAGCCACGGUGACCCCGACAACAGCUGGAAAAAACGCGACGGAAGCUGCUACAGCAGCUGGUAAAGACGCCGCAAAAGCAACUGGUAAAGAUGCUGCAAAAGCGACGGUAACCCCACCAAACGCUGGUAAAGAUGCUGCAAAAGCGACGGUAACCCCGCCAAACGCUGGCAAAGACGCCGCAAAAGCAACUGCGACUGUUACCGCCUCAAACGCUGGCAAAGACGCCGCAAAAGCAACUGGUAAAGAUGCUGCAAAAGCGACGGUAACCCCGCCAAACGCUGGUAAAGAUGCUGCAAAAGCGACAGUGACCCCGCCAAACGCUGGCAAAGACGCCGCAAAAGCAACUGGUAAAGAUGCUGCAAAAGCGACGGUAACCCCGCCAAACGCUGGUAAAGCUGCAAAAGCGACGGUGACCCCGCCGAACGCUGGAAAGGACGCCGCGGACGCCGCUAAAGCAGCUGGUAAAGACGCCGCAAAAGCAACUGAUGCUGCAAAAGCGACGGUAACCCCGCCAAACGCUGGUAAAGAUGCUGCAAAAGCGACAGUGACCCCGCCAAACGCUGGUAAAGACGGCGCAAAAGCAACUGGUAAAGACGCGAAAGCAGCUGGUAAAGAUGCUGCAAAAGCGACGGUAACCCCGCCAAACGCUGGUAAAGCUGCAAAAGCGACGGUGACCCCGCCGAACGCUGGAAAGGACGCCGCGGACGCCGCUAAAGCAGCUGGUAAAGACGCCGCAAAAGCAACUGGUAAAAAUGCUGCAAAAGCGACGGUAACCCCGCCAAACGCUGGUAAAGAUGCUGCAAAAGCGACGGUAACCCCGCCAAACGCUGGCAAAGACGCCGCAAAAGCAACUGGUAAAGAUGCUGCAAAAGCGACGGUAACCCCGCCAAACGCUGGUAAAGAUGCUGCAAAAGCGACAGUGACCCCGCCAAACGCUGGCAAAGACGCCGCAAAAGCUGCUGGUAAAGACGCCGCAAAGGCAACGGUGACCCCGCCAAACGCUGGUAAAGAUGCCGCUAAAGCAGCUGGUAAAGAUGCCGCGAAAGCAGCUGGUAAAGAUGCCGCUAAAGCAGCUGGUAAAGAUGCCGCGAAAGCAGCUGGUCAAGACGCCGCGAAAGCAGCUGGUAAAGACGCCGGGAAAGCAGCUGGUAAAGACGCCGGGAAAGCAGCUGGUAAAGACGCCGGGAAAGCAGCUGGUAAAGACGCCGCGAAAGCAGCUGGUAAAGAGGCCGGGAAAGCAGCGGCACCAAACGCUGGUAAAGACGCCGCGAAAGCAGCUGGUAAGGACGACGGGAAAGCAGCUGGUAAAAACGCCGGGAAAGCAGCUGGUAAAGACGCCGCGAAAGCAGCUGGUAAAGACGCCGCGAAAGCAGCUGGUAAAGACGCCGCGAAAGCAGCUGGUAAAGACGCCGGGAAAGCAGCUGGUAAAGACGCCGGGAAAGCAGCUGGUAAAGACGCCGGGAAAGCAGCUGGUAAAGACGCCGCGAAAGCAGCUGGUAAAGAGGCCGGGAAAGCAGCGGCACCAAACGCUGGUAAAGACGCCGCGAAAGCAGCUGGUAAGGACGACGGGAAAGCAGCUGGUAAAAACGCCGGGAAAGCAGCUGGUAAAGACGCCGCGAAAGCAGCUGGUAAAGACGCCGCGAAAGCAGCUGGUAAAGAGGCCGGGAAAGCAACUGGUAAAGACGCCCCUAAAGCAGCUGGUAAAGACGCCGCGAAGGCAGCUCCAAAGGCUGGAAAAGACGCUGCCAAAGCAACUGGAAAAGACGCCGCGAAAGCAGCUCUAAAAGACGCCGCGAAAGCAACUGGUAAAGAUGCCGCAAAAGCAACUGGUAAAGACGCCGCGAAGGCAGCUCCAAAGGCUGGUAAAGAUGCCGCCAAAGCAACUGGAAAAGACGCCGGGAAAGCACCUGGUAAAGAUGCCGCAAGAGCAGCAACUGGAAAAGACGCCGCGAAAGCAGCUGGUAAAGAUGCCUCGAAAGCAAACGUAACGAAGGCGGCUCCGAAGGCAACUCCGAAGGCGGCGCCCAAAGCGGCUGCAAAAACUGCGGCCCCAAAAGCUGCGGCUCCGAAGGGGAAAGCGAAGCUGCGGCUGUUGAAGCGACUGUUGCGGCUUUUGACCGAGCAAAAGAUGCAAGGAAAUAAGCAACAUCGUGUCGAUGCGUGAGCUCCUCGGCACCUGAGCAUCCCUAAAGUUCUGCAACCGCUGGGGUAGAACUCAAGUUUGAAUUGUGAAAAAGCAUAGAUAGUUUGUCUGCGGAUUACGUCUGUCGGUACAAGUACAUCUAUUGGAUGUAUGAAUGUUUUGCUGUAAAUACGUGCCAAGUGCAAGUUUUGUAUACACUGUAAAUAAAGCAAGG